GGCCUUUCAUUUAACUGGUUUCGAGCCUAUUCCUGGCUUUGCUUGCAAGAUGUCUAAAAGUCUGCUUGUUACCUGUGAAUGUCCCUUGUCCCACGUACAUCACUUUCCCAGAUACCAUACACAAGAACAGACUGACAGAAUCAUACAAUGGCUCCAAGACGCAGCGCUAGAACAGCAGCUCGCAACGCGACGAACUCAGCUACAAACUCUGUGCCCGCCACUGACCAGAACAUCGUCAAUGGACCUAGGGUCAGGAAGCCAACGGCGCGUUAUGUCGAGUUCCAGCAGUCUUUGAAGAAAUCGCCCAAGAAACAAUUCAAGGAAACUAAUGCCAAUGCCCCCGAGGUUGACAAGUUCAUGAUCAGACUAUACGCCGAGAUUCACGCUGCUGCUGUCGAGAAGAUUACUAGGACUGAUCGUACGGCCAUUCAUGACUUGAUCCGAGAGACAAGAACAUUACGUUUCUUCGAUUUGUUCCCCACCGACGUGGCAGGCAACCUCAAGCAGACUUUGAUUGAUUCUCGACCAAGCAACAAUCAAGGCAAGGAGGUAGUUCAGCAGGCCCGUAACGACCUUCAGGUAAGCCAUCCCGAGCGCCUGGUCAGCUUUUGCAAGAAACCCAAUCUGGUCAUCUUGAGCAUUUGCGCACACUCCCAGACCUUUCGAACUGCCAUUGCCAGAAGCGUUGCUGAUAGCAAGGCUGAGAAAGAACCCCUUUGGCGUGAUAUUCGUUCGAAAAUCGGGAAAUGCGCCUCAAGCCUGGAAUUGUUUGCGAAAAUGAGAAGUCUGGACUGGAAUAGCGCAAUAAAUGCAUGCAACAAGGACUUCGAGUAUCUCCUUUCCUCGGUCUUCCAAAAUGACGACAACGUCGCCGACAUCGACCAGAACACCUUCGGCAUUGGAGAUGGCGAUGUCGAGGAAACUCAUCAUCCCGACAACGUCCCAUCUUAUUGGGUUCUACCUCGGAAGCGCAUCGAGGCCCAACGGCCACAAUUCCAGUAUGACUUCACGGAGGCCCUCGAGCGACACGACUUUUGGGGCACCGCUGUCCCUGGCAACCUCAAUGGCGCCAGCAAGCCUGAGAUUGGAGACGCGCAGGUCGCACUCCAGGUCAACGUUGACGAAUGCAUCGUGGUGCCAGGAUACGACUGGUCCCACCUGCCCACCGAGGCCAAUGGGGAUCCACGUUUCGCGGGAUACAAGGGUUACGCCUGCCAAGUAUGUGGGAAGAAAGCGAAGGCCACCUCGACCAAAACGAGGUCCUCCACCAGACCAGCGUGCUCUUGUACUCCCGGCGACCUCUGCCUACAACAGCCCCUGCUAGAGCUCUUCGAUACUGGGGUUUUCGGUGUUGGAGUGCGUGCCCUUCAAACAUUCAAGAAGGGCGAUUACCUUGGGGAGUACAUCGGGGAGAUCUACCCCCGCAAAGAACAAGAAUGGCGAUACGGCGGAGACGAAGGCUGUAAGUAUCUGUUCCCAUGUGACAUUGCGACCAAGACUGCCACCAAGAAGCCGGACAAAUUCGAAGUUGAUCCGGGCAUCUUUGGCAACUGGACGCGCUACAUCAACCAUAGCUGCGAUCCUAAUGCAGAGUAUUUCCAGACGACCGUGAGCCAGAGGAUUGGGAAUUUUAUUUGCGCAAUAAGAGAUAUCGGCUUUGGAGAGGACAUCACGUCGUCCUACGGACAAUACUACUUUCAAGCCCUCAAAAUGACGUGCCGAUGUGGUUCGGACAAGUGCUUUCACAAGGACAAGCAGGAAGAUGCCUAGCUGGUCAGGUAGCAAGAGAUCAUUCAUGGCCACAAAUGCAGGGCAUGUGCCAUGGUGAGGCUGAAGGGCCCCCUUUUCU